AUGAAGAAGGUCCAGGAGCACCAUCUCCGGGAGCCCAUAAUUCCAGACCUGCUGAUGAGCCCCAGCGACCAAGGAGAUGGGGACCUGGAGAUGGAGUACCCAGAAGAGAGAGGGAACUGGACCGGGAAGCUGGAUUUCCUUCUCUCCUGUAUUGGCUACUGUGUGGGGUUGGGGAAUGUGUGGCGGUUUCCAUACAGAGCUUACACCAAUGGGGGAGGAGCUUUCCUUGUUCCUUACUUCAUCAUGCUGGCAAUAUGUGGCAUCCCCAUCUUCUUCAUGGAGCUCUCGCUAGGCCAGUUCUCCAGCCUGGGGCCACUUGCAGUCUGGAAGAUAAGCCCGCUCUUUAAAGGUGUCGGGAUGGGCACGAUCCUGAUUGUCUCUCUGGUGGCCAUUUACUAUAACAUGAUUAUUGCUUACGUGCUCUUCUACCUCUUCGCGUCCCUGACGAGCAACUUGCCCUGGGAGCACUGCGGCAACUGGUGGAACACCGACCUCUGCUUGGAUCACCAGGUCAUCAAGGCAGGGAAUACUGCCAUCCCAUUCAACGUCACUAACACCGUCAGCCCGAGCGAGGAGUACUGGAAUCGUUAUGUUCUGCAUAUCCAAGGGAGCUCUGGGAUCGGGGAUCCUGGGAGAAUCCGCUGGAAUCUGUGCCUGUGCCUACUGCUCUCCUGGGUCAUUGUGUACCUCUGUAUCCUCAAGGGAGUCAAAUCCUCCGGCAAGGUUGUGUAUUUCACUGCCACAUUCCCUUACUUCAUCCUGAUCAUGCUGCUCAUUCGUGGCGUAACACUGGAGGGAGCCUGGAUAGGAAUCAAGUUCUACCUCACACCCCAGUUUGAUCACCUGCUGUCUUCCAAGGUGUGGAUAGAGGCAGCUCUGCAGAUCUUCUACUCCCUUGGAGUGGGCUUCGGGGGACUGCUCACUUUCGCGUCUUAUAACACCUUCCACCAGAACAUUUACAGGGAUACAUUUAUAGUCACCCUGGGCAAUGCCAUCACCAGCAUCCUGGCCGGGUUUGCCAUCUUCUCCGUCCUGGGCUACAUGUCGCAGGAGCUGGGCAUCCCUGUUAACCAAGUGGCAAAAGCAGGUCCCGGCUUGGCUUUCGUGGUGUACCCCCAGGCCAUGACGAUGCUUCCUCUUUCUCCACUCUGGUCUUUCCUUUUCUUCUUCAUGCUGCUGACUCUGGGCCUGGACAGCCAGUUUGCCUUCAUGGAGACCAUUGUUACCGCAGUGACAGAUGAGUUUCCUUAUUACCUGCGGCCCAAGAAGGCUUUUUUCUCAGCCAUCGUCUGUAUCGCCAUGUACCUGAUGGGGCUCAUUCUCACGACAGAGGGCGGGAUGUACUGGCUAGUCCUGCUGGAUGACUAUAGUGCUGGGUUUGGACUCAUGGUGGUGGUGAUUACAACCUGCCUGGUGGUGACACGUGUCUAUGGCAUGAAGCGGUUCUGCCGAGAUAUUCACAUGAUGCUGGGCUUCCAACCAGGGCUGUACUUUAAAGCCUGCUGGAUGUUCCUGUCCCCGGCAAUGAUGAUGGCCCUGCUAGUGUACAAUAUAGUCAAGUACCAGCCCUCAGAGUAUGGGAGUUACCGUUUCCCAUACUGGGCCGAGGUCCUGGGCAUCCUGAUGGGGCUGUUCUCCUGCCUGAUGAUCCCCACAGGGAUGGUGGUCGCGGUGCUCAGAGAAGAAGGGACGCUGUGGGAGAGAAUCCAGCAAGCCAGCCGGCCAGCCAUGGACUGGGGCCCUUCUCUGGAGGAGAACAGAACCGGCAUGUACGUGGCUACCUUGGCCGGCAGCCAGUCCCCCAAACCCUUGAUGGUCCACAUGAGGAAAUACGGGGGAAUUACCAGCUAUGAGAACACAGCCAUCGAGGUGGACAAGGAGAUCGAGGAGGAAGAGGAGUCCAUGAUGUGAGGAGGCCACGAACCUGGUGGGGAGCAGAGAAUGGGGGACUGCACCCCUGAACUGGCACAGUUGCACUUAGGCACUUCGGGCCGGUUAACAGGCCUUUCUAGCGGCAGCUGCGAGCUGCUGACCUUCCAGCAUCCCACGGGAUGCCCUGGCCUGUCCAGGAGAACGCUGCUGAGAAUUCCAGUGUUGCUGAGAUUUUCGUUCAGUGUGGCAAGCUGUGUAAUGAAUGUGUGUGUUAGCUCUCCAGUGUCUGGGACCAGCUGCCCGACCCCACCCUGCUCCAGGCCUGCCCCACCCUGCCUGGGUGCCCUCCGCCCAGAGUUAUGACUCACUGACCCCUAUGUAAAGACUGCGACACGCACCCACUUUGCACUCCUUUUGCCCAGGCAUCAGUGAGCAAGGCAGUGGAGAACAAGGCUAGUUGUUGUUGUUGCUAAUCCUGUUUAACUCCAAUGACACACGAACAUUGUGGAGAAAGGAUGUCUUUGUUAACCCCGCCCUGUCAGUGGAGGGGUGUGAGUGCCCGUG